AUGUCCACCAAAGCGGAGCAAUUUGCUUCCAAGAUUCGAUAUCUACAAGAAUAUCACAACCGCGUUCUUCAUAACAUUUAUCCGGUGCCAUCUGGAACUGACAUAGCAAACACUUUGAAAUAUUUCUCCCAGACGUUAUUAAGCAUUUUGUCCCGAUCAGGGAAGAAGGAGAAUCAAGAUGCCUCCAAUUUGACAGUGCCCAUGACCAUGUGUCUUUUUCCUGUACCAUUCCCACUCACCCCAUCUCUAAGACCACAGGUCAGUUCCAUCAACCCUACUGUUACUCGCUCCCUCCUUUACAGCGUCCUGCGAGAUUCUCCAUCAGAACGAGGUCAACAAAGCCGUGAUGCUCAGUUAUCAGAGUACCCUUCAUUGGACUAUCAGGGGCUUUAUGUGACUUUGGUGACACUGUUGGAUCUAGUUCCAUUGCUUCAACAUGGCCAACACGAUCUCGGACAAUCCAUAUUUUAUACGACCACAUGUUUAUUGCCAUUCUUGAGCGAUGAUAUUCUAAGCACUUUACCCUACACAAUGAUAUCAACCCUAGCUACGUUUCCUCCAUUCCUACACAAGGAUAUCAUUGAAUACCUAAGCACCUCAUUUCUUCCCAUGGCUAUAUUAGGUUCGAACAGGAGAGAAGGAGGAAUUCCUGCACAUGUAAAUCUUUCUGCCUCUUCAAUGCUAAUGAUUGCAAUGCAGUAUACGUCCAACCCUGUGUAUCACUGCCAGCUGCUAGAAUGUCUAAUGAAGUAUAAGCAAGAGGUUUGGAAAGACUUGCUUUAUGUGAUAGCCUAUGGGCCUUCCCAGGUAAAGCCACCAGCAGUACAAAUGCUAUUCCAUUACUGGCCUAAUUUAAAACCUCCUGGAGCAAUAACUGAAUAUCGGGGUCUCCAGUACACAGCUUGGAAUCCGAUCCAUUGCCAACAUAUAGAGUGCCACAAUGCCAUCAACAAGCCGGCGGUUAAGAUGUGCAUCGAUGCUUCAUUGUCUGUGGCUUUGGGGGACAAGCCACCUCCACUGUAUCUGUGUGAAGAAUGUAGUCAAAGAAUUACAGGGGAUCACAGUGAAUGGCUCAUUGAUGUUCUCCUGCCACAGGCUGAAAUUUCAGCCAUUUGUCAGAAAAAGAAUUGCAGUUCACAUGUAAGAAGGGCAGUAGUCACUUGCUUUUCAGCUGGAUGUUGUGGACGUCAUGGUAACAGGCCGGUAAGAUACUGCAAAAGGUGCCAUUCUUACCAUCACAGCAAUGAGGUCGGGGCAUCAGCAGCGGCAACAGAGACACAUCUUUUCCAAACAUCUCCCCCUCCUAUCAACACCAGGGAAUGUGGAGCAGAAGAGCUUGUCUGUGCAGUAGAAGCAGUAAUCAGUUUGUUGAAAGAAGCUGAAUUUCACGCUGAGCAAAGAGAAUAUGAAAUGAACCGAAGAAGGCAAAUGGGUCUUUCUUCCUCCCAUCAUUCUUUAGAUAAUACAGAUUUUGAUAACAAGGAUGAUGACAAACAUGACCAGCGCAUCUUGAGUCAAUUUGGCAUUUGGUUCUUGGUGAGUCUCUGCACUCCCAGUGAAAACACUCCUACAGAGAGUCUAGCGAGGCUGGUCAGUAUGGUGUUCCAGUGGUUUCACUCUACGGCUUACAUGAUGGAUGAUGAAGUUGGAAGUCUUGUGGAGAAACUUAAACCUCAGUUUGUCACCAAAUGGUUGAAAACAGUUUGUGACAUUCGGUUUGAUGUCAUGGUUAUGUGUCUCCUCCCAAAACCAAUGGAGUUUGCAAGGGUUGGCGGAUACUGGGACAAGUCUUGCAGUACUGUCACCCAGCUGAAAGAAGGUCUGAACAGAAUACUCUGCCUUAUCCCUUAUAAUGUGAUAAACCAGCCAGUGUGGGAAUGCAUUAUGCCUGAGUGGUUAGAGUCUAUCAGAACUGAAGUUCCGGAUAACCAACUCAAAGAGUUCCGUGAAGUGCUCAGCAAAAUGUUUGAUAUUGAGCUAUGUCCGUUGCCUUUUUCAAUGGAGGAAAUGUUUGGGUUCAUCAGCUGCCGUUUCACUGGUUACCCAUCAUCUGUUCAGGAACAAGCUUUACUCUGGCUUCAUGUGCUGUCAGAACUAGACAUUGUAGUCCCAUUACAGCUGCUAAUUAGCAUGUUUUCUGAUGGAGUGAAUUCAGUCAAGGAGCUGUCCAACCAAAGGAAAACGCGCGUCUGUGAACUUGGAGGGAACAUUCCUGGCCACAGGGGUAGCAUUGCCUCUGACCCAGGCAGGAGAGUGCAACACAGUAUGCUCAGCCCUUUCCCCAGCCCGUUCCACAGUCCUUUUAGAAGCCCCAUGCGGAGUCCAUUCCGAAGCCCCUUUAAAAACUAUGGACAUACGACAGGAAGAACUAUUGACUUUGAUUGCGAUGAUGAGGAAAUGAAUCUAAACUGCUUUAUACUCAUGUUUGACCUCAUACUGAAACAGAUGGAGCUACAGGACGAUGGGAUCACAUUGGGAAUGGAAAACAGCCUUUCCAAGGACAUUAUAUCCAUCAUAAAUAAUGUGUUCCAGGCACCUUGGGGAGGAUCCCACACCUGCCAGAAAGAUGAAAAAGCCAUUGAGUGUGGCUUAUGCCAGUCCAGUAUUCUGUGUUAUCAGAUGGCUUGUGAGUUGCUGGAACGCCUUGCUCCUAAGGCAGAGAUCAGACUGGUGGAGCCAACGGACAGUUUGGAAGAGAGCUUGUUAUUUUCCAGAGCAGAGUUCAUUAUUGGCUCAGAAGAGGAGGAGAAUCCAGCAAAGAAACAUGGAGAAAAUCCAGGCAACCAUACAGCAGCGACAGAGCCCCCCACAAUAAAAAAUGACACAGAUCGAAAGUUCUGCUAUCAGCAGCUUCCAGUUGCUCUGAAACUGAUCUACACCAUCCUACAGGAAAUGGCUAAAUUUGAUGAGCCAGAUAUUCUCUUCAAUAUGUUGAACUGUCUGAAGAUUCUCUGCCUGCAUGGGGAGUGCUUGUAUAUUGCAAAGAAAGAUCAUGUGCCUUUCCUUGGCUAUAUCCAAGAGCACAUGCUCAUCUCAAGUUUGUGGCGAGUGAUGAAAUCUGAGUUCUCGCAGCUUUCAUCUUUGGCGGUUCCUCUCCUUCUCCAUGCUUUGUCUCUUCCUUAUGGUGCUGACAUCUUCUGGACAAUCAUUAACACCAAUUUCAACAGCAAAGACUGGAAAAUGAGGUUUGAAGCAGUGGAGAAGGUAGCUGUUUUGUGUAGAUUCCUGGACAUUCACUCAGUAACAAAGAACCACCUGCUAAAAUACUCCUUGGCUCACGCAUUCUGCUGCUUUCUGACUGCAGUGGAAGAUGUCAACCCAGCAGUUGCCACAAGAGCUGGACUUCUGCUAGACACCAUCAAGAGACCAGCAUUGCAGGGCCUGUGCCUUUGUCUUGACUUCCAGUUUGACACUGUUGUGAAGGACAGACCAACCAUUCUCAGCAAGCUUCUACUGCUUCACUUUCUAAAGCAGGACAUUCCAGCUCUAAGCUGGGAGUUCUUUGUAAAUAGGUUUGAUACCCUUUCCCUGGAAGCUCAGCUUCACCUAGACUGCAACAAGGAGUUUCCAUUUCCUACAACAAUCACAGCUGUAAGAACGAAUGUAGCCAAUCUCAGUGACGCAGCCAUGUGGAAGAUCAAAAGAGCGAGAUUUGCCCGUAACCGGCAAAAGAGUGUGCGUUCCUUACGUGACAGCGUCAAAGGACCAGGGGAAUCAAAGAGAGCUCUCUCGCUGCCAGAAACCCUCAGUACUAAAAUCCCGGUGAGAUUGACCAGACAUGAACAAUCUGCACCUGCACUUGGAAUAACAGCAGAGCAAACACAAGGUCAGCAUUCACCAGAAAAUGAUAACAUCAUAAAGGACCCACUGCCUGAAGAUGCCGGUAUUGACCACCAAACUGUGCACCAGUUAAUUACAGUACUGAUGAAGUUUAUGGCAAAAGAUAAAAGCAGCGCUGAAGCUGACAUCAGCAGUGCCAAAGCUUUCAACACAGUAAAACGUCAUCUGUACGUGCUCCUUGGGUUCGACCAGCAAGAAGGAUGCUUCAUGAUUGCGCCACAAAAAAUGCGAACGUCUACUUGCUUCAAUGCAUUCAUUGCAGGAAUUGCUCAGGUAAUGGAUUAUAAUAUAAACCUGGGAAAGCAUCUUCUGCCUCUUGUGGUACAAGUGCUGAAGUACUGUACAUGCCCUCAGCUCAGGCAUUAUUUCCAGCAUCCUCCACGCUGCUCAUUGUGGUCCCUGAGGCCGCACAUCAGACAGAUGUGGCUAAAAGCUCUGCUUGUCAUUCUAUAUAAGUAUCCGUACAGAGAAAGUGAUCUGAGCAAGAUAGUUCUGCAUCUGAUUCACAUCACAGUCAAUACCCUCAAUGCCCAGUAUCACAGCUGCAAACCCCAUGCGACCGCUGGACCCCUGUAUAGUGAUAACAGCAACAUCAGUAGAUACAGCGAGAAAGAAAAAGAGGAGGACAGUGUCUUUGAUGAAUCAGAUAUCCAUGAUACGCCCACUGGAGCUGGUAACAAAGAAUCCCAAACAUUCUUUGCUCGGUUAAAACGGAUUGGAGGAAGCAAGAUGGUGAAAUACCAACAAGUGGACAUGAAUGCCCAGAAAAGUGAAAUUGAACUGGCUGAAUAUAGAGAAUCUGGUGCCUUACAAGAUAGCAUUUUGCGUUGUGCGAGAGAAGAAAGUUUUCAAAAAAAGAAGCUGCGCUCUCUAAAGCAGAAGUCACUUGAUAUUGGCAAUACAGACUCUUUGUUAUUUACUUUGGAUGAACAUCGCAGGAAGUCCUGCAUAGAUCGCUGUGAGUUAGGCCACACUGACACACAAAAGCUAAAUGACUAUGAUCGAUCAAAUCAGAACUCUACGACACUAAUUGAGAAUGCUGAUAUAAAUGAAAAUAAAACAGGAAUAGAAAGUUUAAAUGAAACCCGGAGACCUGUGAUACCGGAGGUUAGACUUAGUUGCAUGGAAACUUUUGAAGUAAAGGUGGAUUCUCCAGUCAAGCAAUCUCUUCCUAGAGAAGACUUAGAUCUAAUAGACUUGUCUUCAGAUUCAACAUCAGGGCCUGAAAAGCAAUCAAUCUUAUCAACAUCUGACAGUGAUUCUCUAGUAUUUGAGCCACUGCCUCCCUUAAGGAUCGUGGAAAGUGAUGAUGAAGAAUUCCAGAUUAUCAGCAAUGGCAAGCUGGUAGUCUCAGCCUCCUCAACUCCCAUGAGUGCCUCAGUACUUAGUUUAAGCAUGAUGCCACUGGUACAAGUUAGUAUAGAGGAUUGUUCUAAAGAUUUUUCUGCCAAAGAUUUUAGCUUUAAUCCAGCAUUACGAACCGAGGAUAGCCCAUCUCACACGGCUGAAGAUCAAAAAGACUUUGAAGAGUUGACUAAGCCUGGGGACAUGCUUGAAGUCUUCAUUGGGAGUCCUCUUACACUAAAGCAAAAGAGAGACCAACUGCGCAAAGCCUGUGCUCUCUCUGAGAUGUCUGUUGAUGAUCAUUUUGAAGACACUGGAGAAGAAAACAAAUCUGAAGAAAAAGGUGAACUAUUGUCUGCCCCAGAAAUAACUGGAAACCAGAAAGAUAGCAGUAAGCCUGAUGCAAGCACUGAAUCAGACACAGAGCAAAAUGCAGAACAGAAAGAAGAAGCCGAAGAAUCAGAGUUUAAAAUCCAAAUUGUUCCUCGACAAAGGAAACAGAGAAAGAUUGCAGUGAGUGCCAUUCAGAGAGAAUACCUGGAUAUCACAUUCAACAUUCUAGAUAAGCUAGGAGAACAAAAAGAUGCAGAUACUGGUACCAAAGCACUGGCCAUCUUGGAUAUGCCAAGAGAAUCAUCUUCAGCCCCAACACUAGAAGCUGGACCUCCUGAGAACAGUAGUCGUUCUUCUCUGACUCAGUACAGGCAAAUGAAAAGAGGCUCUCUGGGUGCACUAACAAUGAGUCAAAUUAUGAAGAGGCAGCUUGAACACCAGUCUAGCGCUCCGCACCAUAUCAGCAACUGGGACCCUGAUGACCCCAAAGCUGUGCACGAAGUCCUGGGAAGUAUAUCAGAGGUUUCCAUGGGGAGAACCAGUAUACCUUACAUUCAGAUAGCCUUGCCAGAAAAAUGUUCACAUCCAAAGGUGAAAUUUAUAAAGAUGAAGGCAGAAACUUCUCAGGAAGUUCUACAGUCUUCAGGCUUGUUAACCAUGUCAAAUAGAAAGGGCCCUAAGCUGCCCAAAAGCCUGCACUCAUCAAAUAUGGAAAAUUACUUAAUCUCCAGUGAUCCAACACAAGGCCCUCACAGAGAACUCCCAGAACCUGCAGGGAUAACAGCUUCAGUCUCUCAACACAGCACAGAGCCUAGACAAAGUGACUAUAUUACUAAAGAUGAUAUUAGACAUCUAUCAUCCAAAAAUGAUAUAAAAGAGGCCAUGCUGGAAAUGAAACACAUGUUUGGGGAGCUGAAGAAGGACAUUGCCACUAUAGACAGGAGAGUCACGUCUGUAGAGGAGUCACAGGAGUCACUACGCUCUGACCUACAGCAUAAUACCAGCUGCAUGCAAUCGCAAGAAAUGAUUGUUCUAAAUCUUACUGACAGGAUAGAAGACCUAGAAAAUAGAAGUCGGCGGAACAAUCUAAGGAUAAGGGGAGUUCCAGAAGUAGUGACUCCAGCAGAGAUUAAUCAGUAUAUACAAAAGCUUUUUAAGCAUAUUAAAAAUGACCCGGGAGCAGAAGAUAUUCAUGUGGAAAGGGCCCACAGAGCCCUGCGGCCUAAGCCGCCAGCUAGAGCACCGCCUAGAGACAUCAUAGCCAAGCUCCUCUCAUAUAGAGACAGGGAAGAUAUACUAAGACACUCCAGAAACCGUCAAUCCCUGACUUAUGAGGGGGCAGAGAUCCAGAUCUUCACAGACCUAUGCCCUGCGACACUGCAAAAAAGGAGAGAAAUGCGUUUUAUUACAUCCAAUCUCAGAGAGCAAAGAAUCCCAUACAGGUGGGGUUUCCCGACCUGCUUAAUCGCCACCAAAGAUGGAAUCACAGCUACAUACCGAGCGACAUCUGAUCUCCCUGCCUUUAACCAGGCCAUGGGCACACAGAUCAGGCCUCCUGGCCCUACAGCAGAACCUGCCCAGCAAAGAGAUAAUCCUGGAGAGGAAGGAAACCUACCUACAGAAGUGAUGGAGGACACUACAGCCCGGACUAUGGAUCUUGUCACGAUUAAUGUUAAUGGCUUUAAUAGCCCUGAGAAGAGAUCGAUUGUCACCAGAGACUUAAAUAGAAUGGGUGGAGAUAUUGUGUGCAUUCAGGAGACGCAUUUUUCUAAACACAAAGAGCCUAAAUGGUAUAGUCAGAAAUAUCCAGUGGCAUACUUCGCAUCUGGACCCACAAAAAAAAAUGGAGUGGGGAUAUUAUUUAGAGCUGGGAUCCCCUUCCGGUUGGAACAGAUCAUAAGGGAUCCUGAUGGCAGGUACUUGAUUAUAGCUGGUAAUCUAUAUGGCAAAUUAGUUACUUUUGUCAGUCUUUAUUCACCAAAUACGGCGCAGGAUAUCUUCUUUAAGAAACUUGCGACAAAGAUACUAGAAACCCAAAAAGGAAUUCUUUUUAUGGGUGGAGACUACAAUGUGUCCUUCUGCCCAGAGCUGGACACAUCAGAUGGAUUAUCCAGCACCUCAUGUCGAGUGGUAAAACAUGUUGCUAAAACUAUGAGAGACCUGGUUAUCCAUGAUGUGUGGCGUACACUACAUCCUGUUUCCAAAAAUUAUACGUUCUACUCCCAUCCACAUGGGAAAUAUACGAGAAUUGAUCAUAUCUUCACAGACUCGGCUGGAUUAUCAGUCACGACCGGUAGCUAUAUAGGUCAGAUCACAUGGUCCGACCACGCCCCAGUGAGAUGCACCAUUGAAUGGCCCGGGGCACCGGUCACGCCUUAUAUAUGGCGACUGGACGAAUCCUUAUUAGAUAAUUGGGUAUUGAGACAGAAAUUGGAUAGCACAAUUGAGGAAUACUUCCUUUUAAACGCAGAUGACGCUAUAGCUGACACCACAGUCUGGGAGGCACACAAGUGUGUCCUGAGAGGGGUCCUGAUCAAACACACCUCGGCUCUACGUCGUGAGAGAAGAGCACAAUACGACACCCUCCUAGCGAAGGUGACACAAACUGAGGUGGAACAUAAAGAACAACCCUCUAAUGUGACGAAACAAAGAGAAUUAGCCCGUGCGAGAUCAGACUUGCUGAGCCACUUACAGUCAGAGCACCAAAAACAGGCGCUUAGACUUAGGCAAUACUAUUUUGAACAGAGCAAUAAGGCGGGGAAACUUCUUGCUCGAGCAAUAGCAAGGCAGAGACUGAAAACAUACGUAUAUGAUAUGGUGGAUCAGGAAGGCAAUAGGCACUGUGAUGGUCCGGCUAUAGCUAAUACGUUUGGAAGCUUCUAUGAAGCUCUCUAUAACAUAUACCCUCCAAAUCAGGAGCAGCUUGGGCAGCAACCUGAAGGUGAUCAGGAAAGAGCGAUUUUAGAAUAUCUAGAUGGGGUGGAGAUGUCACGGCUGUCCCAAGCGGAUGCGGAUCAACUUGACUCACCACUCACUUUAUCAGAAAUUCAGCGCGCCAUUAAGCUUCUCCCGGGGGGUAAAAGCCCCGGGCCAGACGGAUUUGGUAUGCGUUAUUAUAAAACAUUCUCUGACAAAUUAGCGCCUCGAUUGCUUCAGAUGUUCAAUCGGUUAUCUGAAACACCACAUUUGCCGAGCUCAAUGCUUGAGGCAUAUAUAUCAGUAAUACAUAAGCCUGGAAAGCCCGAAAAUCUGCCAAGCAGUUAUAGACCGAUCUCACUCCUCAACUCUGAUGUGAAGAUCUUGGCCAAGGUCAUAGCUUGUCGACUCUCUAAGCACUUACCCCAGCUCAUUUCUACCGAUCAAGUAGGAUUUGUACCGGGCAGAGAAGCUCGGGACAAUACCCUCAGAGUUAUACAGCUAAUAUCUUAUGCUCACAAUAAUUCUGCUCCGUUGGCCUUAGUGUCAACGGAUGCAGAAAAAGCCUUUGACCGGGUUAACUGGCUUUUUAUGCGCCAUAUUUUGACCAAAUUGGGGUUUGGAGAGGGAUUGAUACACACGAUCUUCUCUCUGUACUCUACACCAAGCGCUAAGGUACGAGUCAACGGCGUAUUCUCCAGACCCUUUCUGAUCUCCAACGGCACUAGACAGGGGUGUCCCCUCUCCCCUUUGUUGUUUGCCCUGGUGAUUGAGGCCUUGGCAUGUAGGAUACGCAGUAACCCUAAUAUCGAGGGCUUGACAGUUGGCCAAAAAGAGCACAAAUUAGCUAUGUAUGCUGAUGAUGUCUUGGUUAUGUUGUCGGAUACCACUACCUCACUACCAGCGCUGCUAACGGAAUUUGUGGAGUUCGGAAAGGUCUCGAAUUUUCUACUCAAUCUAUCCAAAUCCGAGAUUUUGAAUGUAUCCGUUCCUGACGCAGAUUUUCAGGAGGCAUGUUCCCGUUGCCCCCUUAAAGUAGCAAAACAGCAAUUGAAAUACCUUGGUAUUUCCUUGACAUCCUCAAUCAAAGACAUCGUUGACAUAAAUUAUAAGCACAUUAGAGAUGCUGUAGGAGGUGACAUGGCUAAAUGGAAGAAUAAAUCCAUUACGUGGAUGGGUCGCAUCCACGUGGUCAAAAUGAAUAUUUUGCCAAGAGUACUGUAUGUGAUGCAGACAGUCCCACUCAUGGCGGCGAUGCAUAUUAUACAUCAGAUUCAAUCAGAGAUUGAAUCAUAUAUAUGGAAUGGCGUGAGGCCGAGAGUUCGUAAAAAAACACUGUAUCUGCCCAGAGACAGCGGGGGAGCCGGGGUCCCACUACUGAGAACAUACUUUAAGGCGAUAAUUGUCCAGCGCCUGGUCCAGUGGUGUCAUAAUGGGACUGAUAGAGCCUGGAUUGAGCUAGAUCGCGAAAUUCUGCAGAGAGGCAAUGUAGGAUCACUUGCUUGGGUCUCGGCGCCAAACCGGAACCCAAUAAUCGGACAAUAUCCUUUGCUGGAGGGUGUCUUCGGCAUCUGGGAUACACUGAUCAAACAAGACGAGAGUGUAUCAACCAUAAACUCUCCAGUUACGCCGAUUUUUGAGAAUCCUGAUAAUGGCCUGGCGUGUAGGACACAGUCCCCUAGACAACCAUACACUUUAGCUGAAGCAGCUGUGAGUAAUGCUUUCCAUGAGGGGAAGAUUCAGACUCAAGAGAACCUUAAAAAGUGGGAUCACUGGCUAUUCUCCUCUUGGUUUAGGAUGGCGCAGCUCCACCACUACGUGACCACACGUGGGGGCGCAUCUCCCUUUACAAGGGAUAAAACACCCGUGGAAUCUAUUUGCACGAUGGACCAGAUGCCGGGACACUUAAUUUCCCGCCUAUACAAAUUACUACUGCUGAGCGGAGAGGAGGCGCUACCCUCCUAUGCAGAUGCAUGGCGAGCGGAAUUAGGCUCUGAGAUCACUGUAAAAGAAUGGCAUAUGAUCUUCAAUAAAGCCAAGAGAGUCUCGGUCUCUAUGAGACACCAAGAAAUGCAUUAUAAAUUUCUGAGCCGAUGCUGUUUGAUAGUGGGGGCGUUCCAGCCAUUAACAUGCAGUAUAGUUAUGAGUGGUGCUGAAAACAUGACAUCUCACACAUCAAAUGGGAACAAGUGUGAAAUGUUCACAUGUUUUGCUCAUGGGGCAACAAAGUCUAGCCUGCUGUCUGCUCCCAGCAUUGUCAGUAUGUUUGUACCUGCUCCAGAAGACUUUUCUGAUGACCAACCAACAAUAAUGUUUGAUAGGUGUCAUGACUGUGGUGCUAUUCUGGAAGAAUAUGAUGAAGAAACCUUAGGUCUGGCCAUAGUGGUUCUCUUGACGUUCAUUCAUUUAAGUCCCGAUCUGGCCGCUCCACUUCUGCUUGAUAUAAUGCAGUCUGUAGGACGGCUGGCAUCGAGUACAAAUUUUUCCAACCAAGCUGAAAGUAUGAUGAUUCCUGGUAAUUCUGCUGGGGUUGCUAAGCAAUUUCUGCGCUGUGUAUUCCAUCAGUUGGCUCCCAAUGGCAUAUUUUCCCAGCUUUUCCAAAGCAAUAUCAAAGAUGGCAGCUUCCUACGAACAUUAGCAAAUUCUCUUAUGGAUUUCAAUGAACUGAGCUCCUUUGCUGCACUGAGCCAGUUGCUUGAGGGAUUAAAUAAUAAAAAGAAUUUGCCAGCAGGUGGCACAAUGUUACGCUGCUUGGAGAACAUUGCUACCUUUAUGGAAGCGUUACCCAUGGACUCCCCCAGUAAUCUAUGGACGACAAUCUGUAACCAGUUCCAGACAUUCUUCACAAAACUGCCUUCAGUCCUCCCGCUAAAGUGCUCAUUGGACUCCAGUCUAAGAAUAAUGAUCUGUCUGCUGAAGAUACCAACUUCAAAUGCCACAAGGAGUCUGCUGGAACCGUUCUCCAAGUUGCUGAGUUUUGUCAUUCAGAACGGCAUAUUUACCCUGGCGUACCUCGUAGAACUGUGCGGCUUGUGCUACAGAGCUUUCACCAAGGAACGAGAUAAAUAUUACUUGACACGCAGCGUUAUCUUAGAUCUUCUGCAAGCCUUGAAAUUAAAGUCUCCACUACCAGACACAAAUCUUUUGCUGCUUGUUCAGUUUAUUUGUACAGAUGUUGGAACAAAAUUAGCAGAAUCGACUAUAGUCCAUAAACACAUGAUAACCUCUCUGCCUGGGUGUGGCACCGCAGCUAUGGAGUGUAUACGACAAUAUAUUGGCGAACUUCUAGACUUCAUUGCAGACAUGCACACUCUCACUAAACUCAAGAGUCAUAUGAAGACUUGUUCCCAGCCUUUGCAUGAAGACACAUUUGGAGGCCACCUUAAGGUUGGACUUGCUCAGAUUGCUGCAAUGGAAAUCACAAGAGGAAACCACAGAGACAAUAAAGCUGUUAUACGAUAUUUACCCUGGCUUUACCAUCCUCCUUCAGCGAUGCAACAGGGACCCAAGGAGUUUAUUGAAUGUGUAUCACAUAUCCGCCUCCUGUCGUGGCUUCUGCUGGGAUCUCUCACUCACGGUGUGGUUUGUGUGAACUCUCCCUCUCCAUGUAUGCCAAUUCCCUUGGAUUCGGGCUCCCACAUUGCUGAUCACCUCAUUGUCAUUCUGAUUGGCUUCCCUGAGCAGUCGAAGACAUCGGUUCUGCACAUGUGUUCACUUUUCCACGCCUUUAUCUUUGCUCAGCUGUGGACUGUGUAUUGUGAGCAAGCUGCCAUAGCUCCAACAAUACAGAACCAAAAUGAAUUCUCAUUCACAGCUAUCCUUACAGCUCUGGAAUUCUGGAGCAGAGUGACUCCCAGCAUCCUUCAGCUCAUGGCCCAUAAUACAGUGAUGGUUGAAAUGGUUUGUCUUCAUCUUAUUAGCUUAAUGGAAGCCCUGCAGGAAUGUAAUUCAACAGUUUUUGUCAAGCUAAUACCGAUGUGGUUACCAAUGAUCCAAUCUAAUUUGAAGCAUUUAUCUGCAGGUCUGCAGCUACGUCUCCAAGCGAUCCAGAACAAUGCAAAUCAACAGAAUCUGCGAAUGCUGCAAGGCUCUGCUCAAUUCACCCAUAAUUCUGGAGUCCUACGCAAAUGGUUACAGUGUACCCAGUUUAAAAUGGCUCAGGUGGAAAUUCAGUCAUCAGAGGCUGCCUCACAGUUUUAUCCUCUGUAG